AUGGCGAAGUUGAAAGGAAACGCCCUUUUCGGGGCAGUCACCUCGUUAACAGCCCUUGGCUUCAUGCAAAUAGGAUACGACAAUGGCCUAAUGGGCGGUCUUGUCAACGGCACCCCCUUCAAAGAAUCCUUCAACUAUCCUGGCCCCAUCAUGCUGGGCCUGAUCGUUUCUAUAAUCGGUAUUGGCGCGUUUCUCGGCAGUGUGACAGCAGCCAUAUUCGGCGAGUCUCUGGGACGAAAGAAUAGUAUUGCUGUGGGCGUCGUUGUUAUGUUUUUGGGCAGUUUGUUGCAGGCUACUGCGUAUACGAGGGUGCAUUUGAUUGUUGCAAGGGUUGUGGCGGGGAUAGGGCUGGGGAUGGUUAACUCGACGGGGCCGGUUAUGCUGGCUGAGUAUGCACCGAGGGCUACGAGGGGGCUUUAUGUAUGCAUGCAGCUAACCACACUGAAUUUCGGUGUUUGUCUUGUCUCCUGGAUCGACUACGGCUUCUCCCUGUAUACCGGCAGCUAUACGUGGCGCAUCCCCGUAAUUCUGCAAUGUUUAUUCCUCUUCAUCAUGCUGGGUCUCCUAGCCAUCGUCGACGAAAGCCCCCGCUGGCUUGCAGCACAUCACCGCCAAGAAGAAGCGCUUGAUGUGUUGCAGCGCGUCAAUAAGAACAAAAUGACCGAAGCCGAGAUCCUAGCCCUGCACGAAGAUAUUCUGAGCACUAUACUUGUUGAAGAGAAUCUUGGGGCAGGCUCGUGGAGAGACUUACUCAAGAACGAUCGAAUUCAAAGCCAGCGUCGCUUCCUAAUUGCGUGCGGGAUUCAGAUAUUUCAGCAGUUUGGUGGUAUCAACGCUAUAGUCUACUACUCAGGCACGAUAUUCGAGCAAUCUAUCGGUCUUUCAGCCCAUAUAUCAAGCCUGAUGUCGGGGUUUCUGCAGACGUGGUUCUUUGUGGCGUCGUUCAUACCCUGGUUUCUGAUUGAUAGAAUAGGUCGACGUCCCUUGUUGUUGUCAAUGAUUGCCAUCAUGGCGGCUGUGAUGGCUAUCCAAGCUGCGUUGACCUAUCAGAUUCAACACAAUACGGUGAUUGCGUAUAAGUCCGGUAUUGCGGCGGCGGCGAUAUUGUUUGUUUUCCAGGGAGCAUUUACGAUUGGGUUUCAGGCUACUGUUUGGGUCUACCCAUCCGAAAUACUACCACUACGACUCCGUCAACGAGGAUCGUCGAUCAGUACAGCUGCGAACUGGAUAUGCAACUUUAUGAUUGUGAAGAUUACGCCGCAUGCGAUUGCCAAUAUUGGCUGGAGGUUUUAUAUUAUUUUUGCUGUGCUGAAUACGCUCUGGCUUCCGAUUAUUUAUUUCUUCUUUCCAGAGACCAGGGGCCUUCAACUCGAGGACGUGGAUAGAUUAUUCGCCAAAGAUGGCGAUGGAGUUUUCCGUCUGCCUUUCGCUGAUAAGGGCACCGUCAACACUGUCGAGGUUUCUCGUGCUUAG